AUGUCUAUAGAAAGCGAAUUUGACAGCUUAUAUAACUUCGACGAUGAAUUAUAUUCGACUCCGCCUCCGCGGAAGCGCCGUAGAGCGAACAGCCAUAGAGUGGAUAGUUCCAAUACUUGCAGCGAACUCGCACAAAAGAAGCUUAUGCAAAUAUUACAUGAUCGAGAGAACUCCGAUGUCACCGUAACCGUUGGACCCAAGGAUACACAAUACUACCUCCACCGGGUCGUCAUAUGUCCAAGCUCAGCCUUUUUCAAAAUGGCAUUGAAGCCAAAGAGAUUCAAAGAAGGCUAUACUGGUGAAGUCAACCUACCUGAGAUGAAACCGGAUAUAUUCGAUGUUAUAGCUCGAUAUAUGUAUUCUGCCGAGCUUACCGUAACACCCGCAUACGGCGAUAACAUCAUAGAUAUCUACGAAGGUGCAGGCUUCCUACAGAUCCCGGACCUGCAAGAAGCAAUCUUCAAAAACCUCACCGAAUUCAUGAGUACUCAUAUGGAGGGCCUUCGAAAAUCUCAGAGGAAAGAGCUACUUUCUUUUUUUAUUAAGUUCUGCGAUUGUUGUUCUAAAUCUGACCUUGGGAAGCUUACGAGGUGCGCUGAGUUUCUCUUUGUGGAGUUUGAUAUGACCCCGGAGGAUUUCUUGACGGAAUUUGAAACAAAUGAGGCUAGUUAUUUGUUUAUGGCGGCGGUUAUGGCAGCAGGCCAGAAUUUGCGACAUACAAAUUGA